AGUGCCGAGACAGAACAACUAACACUGAUGCAAAGGUGAUUUCAGAAGCAGAUAAUCUGCGUGUGUAUUCGUAGUUGUUGUGUGUCUGGUUGUGUCGCUCUGUGUAGACGAAAGUUUGUUCAGUGUCGCCUCUAUAACGUGGUCGCCCAUGUUUGCUAACCUUAGCUCUUAGCUCCUGUUACUGUGUGUUAUGUGCGCGGUGUAGCAUCACACUGACACUGCUUUAGGAGUCGUUUGCAUGAGACACAGCCCUAGGUCCAGGUGAUUAGUGAAUCUUAGCACAAGUCAUGAAGGAGUUUUUGAGGACGAUACACAACGUCUUUGUGAAGAUCGCCCUGUUUCCGAGCAUCUUUGGCAGGACGGGCCCACAGCCGGCCGCCUCGGAGGUGCUGACCUGUCACCUGCUGCAGCGUAAACUCCCACCAUGGACCUCAUACUGUGUCCGCUACAGUUCGGUCCACAAUGACCAAUUUGGACUGUCCAAUUUUAACUGGAGAGUUCAGGGAUCCAACUACCACAUACUGAGAACAGGCUGCUUCCCCUUCAUAAAGUACCACUGCACCAAAGCACCACCACACAACCUGGACUUUGAGGACAGGUUUUUCACCAUGCUCAAAGUGAUUAAUCUGGGUAUUCCUUGUUUGGCCUAUGGCAUUGGUUGCUGGAUGGUCGUGGGAGCUGCAGAAACAGUGCAGACAAGUGUUGGACCUGUCAAAGUCUAUUUUGCCUACAAAGAGGACGAAGGUGCACAAUAUUAAACUAUGAACUACUAUUAAUUUCAACGCACCUUCAAAAGAAUAUUAUCUAUGUUGCUGCUGUAUUAACAACAUUUCUCCAGGUGAUGUUCCAUUGACAACAGUGGCACUCUGUGACUCUCAAGUGCUUUCAUUGUAUCAAAGAAAUGGUUUAUUUGUUUUAAAUUAUUAAAUGUUUGAUCCUUCA